CUUGAUUGUCAGUUUUUCGUUUGAAGAUCUCAUUUUUUGGUAGCAAUCAUUGCUGUUUGAGCAUGGUUCUUCAUGGAGGAGAUUUGAUUCUUGGUUUUAGGCCAUGCUCUCUCAAGAAUUGAUUCGUGGGUCAUUUUGGCUGUGAUUUUACCAUCUAGGAUUGGAGAAGAAAUGAAAAGUUCCAACUAAAAGAUUUUCCUUCCAUUUUUCUCGAGAAAGGGGAGCAGAAAUGGACUUGUGGAUUGUUGCAGCAGCUACUGGUGCUGGGUACGUAGCUAAGUACUGGAAGAAUCAAUCAGGGGAUGGGGAUGCUUUAUCUCAGUUAUCCUUUGGGGAAUCCAAUUUGGUGAGUCCUCAAUAUUCCAAUCAUCUGCUCGACAAAUUUUCACGAAGGAAGAAACGGUUUGAAGAUGUUUUUGGACAUGGAAGAAUGGAAGGAACAUCUUCAGAUCACAACCCAUUAGACAUUGCCGCUUCAGUUGCAGAAUUGGGUUCUAUGAAUGGGUUUGAGAAUGAAAAGCUGGGACUUUGGGGGAAUCAUCAAGAUCUCGAUGUGCUCUCCAUACCAAAUAUGACAUGGAAAUCCUGGAUUGACGAUAGUUCUAAAGGACAUGUUGGAGAAAGCAGUAUCAGCAACAAGAUGGCUAAUGACAUUGGAGUUUUAGUACGUGAUUCUUCUAGAAGAAUAGGCUCUUGGAGAAACAGAAGCACAGCUAAAUCCAGAUUCUUACAUGGGGAUCUUAUUAAACCUCUGAGUUCUGUAGAAGAUUGCCUUGUAUUCCGUGAGAGUUCUUUAAGUCUAUGUGAAACUAAGCUGCCUAAGGGAUCCAAUUUUGAUGCUAAAGAAAGUGUAUGCGGGGUUUCUCAACCGCCAUUCGGGUCUUUAACGACGUCUGAUAUAGUUAGUAAUAAGACAGUAAAGGGAUGGGAAAGAAACUCAAGAAGUUCCAACAAAAUGGUUAAGAGGGAAGAUUCUGCUUCAAAAGGUGCACCUGAUGAAUCAUUCAUAUUAUACCUUGGAUUUUUCAUUGGUAUAAUCUAUUCUUUCUUGUCAAGCAAGAGGGAAGUUUACAAGUUGGAAGAAUUGUUAAAGCAGACUGAGUAUUUGGUUCAAGAUCUUCAGGAGGAACUUGAAAUGAAGGACUCAUUGAAACUGAAGGAGCUUACUCAUGAUAAUUGUGAAUCGGAGUACACCUUCAGUAAUGCCUUCUCUGAGAAAACAGAGGAUGGGUCUUCUCCAAAACAUGUCAUGGAUUACACAGUAAAUUUCAACACCGAAGAACUGUACGAACAUAAGGCAGUGGAGAGUUCUGAAUCAAUGAGCAGAAUCGAAGCGGAACUGGAAGCGGAACUCGAGAGGUUGGGACUAAAUAUAAACACCCAAGGCGUGGAGAGAUUUCCAGACGAGGAUGAGCUUGACCCAGAAUUUGUAGAAGAUUUUGCUGAAGGUGAGUUGAGGAAUGACAUGAUUAAUGGACAAACCUCUGCUCGGACCAAGCCUAACGAAGAGGCAAGUGACUCGACCGCUCACUCCGGGAACUAUACAGUCUCACCAAGGGAACUGACCUUGCGUUUGCAUGACGUUAUUCAAUCAAGACUUGAAUCACGCAUAAAGGAGCUAGAGAGUGCCCUUCAGAAAAACCAGAGGAAGCUGCAGCUCAUUGAUACAGAAAACAAGAGUUCUUGGCUUGAUUUAGAUCAAAGUGGCUGGGAGAACGGUCUCAACGCCAUUUGUGUAUGGAAGAUAAGAUACCAAAACAGAGGGCAGAUGAAAGACGGUGAUUUGAUUACAAUGACAUGGAGAGAAGCAGUUGUUAAAGCUGAAGGAUGAAAACAAAACCAGAAACAGGUUAAUAUUUCUAAAUAUAACAAGAAAUAAAUUAUCAACCUAGUAAAAAUAAAAUGUGGAAGAGGGAUUAGAGUUUAAACAAAGUCUGAGUUCCAUCAUCUCUGUAAAUUCUAGGUUUGGAAUAAGUUGUCAUACCACAUUGGAAUUGAACAAUCAAAAUUUUAUAGUAUUGAUCCAAGUAUGGUUGUGACCUAGUCAUCCAUUUCUUAUGAUUUGUAUAAUAGCUAUUAAUCAUAUUCAACAAAAUUUUGAAUAUUUGAUGAGAUUUAAUAAAUUACGGAAACAAAUAACAUACAAUAUCAAGAUCCUUUAUGUAAAGAAGGCGAGCAAAAAUAGAGAGAAUUAUUCAUUCUCAUUCCCUAAACAAAACAAAGGCACUCUCAUCCAUCCAAUAAAAAUUGGGAUUUGGAUUCGGAAGUCAAUUCUCUGAACCACUUUUCUAAUUUCAAUCACAUGUCCAUGACAAGAUAAAAAUCAUCGCAAGGCUUGGGAUUCAGCAA